UACAACUGCGAUACAGGUGGUCUUAGAGCGGCCUUUGAGCGUAGUUCUGCGACCGGUCGCAUCGUACAAUCGUUUGAUUGGGAUCAGGCAGCUCGUCAGGUGUAUGAAAGCAACUAUGGACCUGGCUCAGUUCAACAGGUCGACAUCGGGACGCUGAGUGCAUCCCAACUGCCUCCCUCGGAAUUGUGGCUGCUUUCUCCUUCAUGCCAACCUUACACUGUCCUAAACCCUGACGGGAAAGGUGAAGGAGACCCACGAGCAAAGUCAUUUCUCCACCUAGUCGAUAAUGUCCUCCCGGAGCUGGCACGGUUGGGAAGAUUACCCAGGUAUUUGCUGAUCGAAAAUGUGGCGGGCUUCGAGUCCUCUACUACAAGACAGAAGCUCCUAUCAACCUUUCAAGGUUUGGACUACUCAGCACUAGAAGUCCUGCUAACUCCCCUUCAAUUCGGUAUACCCAACUCUCGACUACGCUACUAUUGCUUGGCCAAGCUUUCACCCCUGCGCUUUGCGCAUAUGAACAAUACGUCAGAGGCGCAUGUAUGGCGACACAUACCUGGGCAAGGCGAAGACUGGAAAGAUCCGCGAGACUCUACCGUGCCAGCGAUCCCGGACAAGGUGCUGAUGAAAUGGGGCCAUCUCUUUGACAUCGUGAAACCCUCGUCACGGCGUACUUGUUGCUUUACCAGGGGCUACACCCACUUGGUGGAACGUGCCGGAUCCAUACUACAAACCAACGAAUCACUAGACGUAUCGAAAUCACUCUCGCUUGAUACUCCCCACCCUUCCACGGAUCCCCUCAGCAUUUUGCGUCCGCUCGGUCUGCGAUACUUCUCUCCCACGGAGCUCCUUCGACUGUUCUGCUUCCUCCCUCCCGCCGCUCAUGACACGACCACCUCUCAGGAAGCCCAGACAACAUUUAAAUGGCCGUUGAAUACCUCCACAAAGACCAAGUAUCGGUUGAUUGGGAAUAGUGUGAAUGUCGAGGUAGUACGGAGGCUCAUCAAUUACUUAGUCCUGGAACCACCAGUAGAAAAGAUACAGCCCAUGAUGGCCACAUGA